UCUUACUCCUCUAGCCAAAUGUCUUUCUUCAUUCAUUUAAUUUCUGCCUCCAAUUAAUUUAUGCGUGUAUCUCUGUUUAGAACAGAAGGGAGACUUUACGGAAAGAAGUUUAGAAUACAUAUUUGUUACACAACAAAAUAGAAUUCAAGAACACAUUCUCUUCGCAUGUACUUAUAUAUUUAUGCAGUUGUCAUGGAAAUAACAGAUGUUGAAGCAUGCUUGGUAACAGUGAUAGAAAUCCUGAUAAUUGUACGUACAUAGACGAUUCUAUGGAAGUAUUUCGUAUAUUUCGUUAAGUUCAGCAAAUCUCGGAACAAUAUGUGGUGGGGAUGUAGUCAACCGCUAGAUUUACAAACUGAAGUGACACAAACAGAAGACCGUGUUUCAAGCGUUCUUGAAGUAUUGAUUGUAGGUUCUGGCGACGCGCGGCACAUUGUGAAGACGCUAGCUUCAUCUUACACACAUCCUGAUCAAAUUAUCACGUAUCACGUUAUCGAACCGACUUUGGAGCAAGUUGCCAGAUCGAUACUUUUAUUGAGCGUUUGCUUAGAAAAAGAUUUAGGACUGCAGGAGACGACGCGGUAUUACUUGGAGAUUUUAGGGAACACCCUUUUGAGACCGGCUACGGCUAAAUACUUGGCAAAAUGCGCCAAACAACUGAUCGAUAUUCCGACUCGGACCGUCGACUGUCCAUGGUUAUCGUUAGAAAAAUUUAAGCACAAGGAUAGAGAUAAUUUGGAAUCCAUUUUUAAAUUCUGGACGCGUGCUACAUGCGAGGGAGUUCCCAUCGUGAAUUAUUGGGAUCGCAGAGUCAGGAAGUUGUUAAAAACCAGAUAUGACUACAGAGAAGGCAUUUUUGACUGGGAUUAUUAUAUGAUCUUAAAGCCCCGAUGUACGACUAGUCUUACUAUACAAGAAUAUAGAUUUUGGAGAAAUAAUGGAGUGGCUUUUACAUGGCUCGAAGGUGAAGCAGUCAGAAGCAAUCCGACUCUGUUGAAUAAUAUCAUUCAAUGUGGGCCUGGCUUUCUACAUUACGCAUACUUGGGAGACAUCGUGAACGGUCCUUUCUUCACUUGGGCCGCUGUUGAGAAAGACGGCGACAAGCUUAGGGCAACCGAUAUUGCCGAACGUGAGACAAUGCGUGCGAUUCACGAAAUAAGAGCGAAAGAGCCGCUGUGCGAGGAUUACGUAGGUGCUCACAGGGACGCUUCAAUCUUAAAUGGCAUUAUAGUGAGCGAAAUGCCGGAUAUUGAAAUGGAAAACGAAUCGUGGACAAGCACCGAAGAGAAAUCUAAACGGGAUAAAAGGAUUUCUUGGGUGGAAGUACCAAAUCACAAAAUAAUCUUUCAUCCUGCAACGUCGCUGGAGUCUCUCAAGUCUAAGUGUGAAUACGUGAAUAGAUUCCAUCUGAUUUGGGUGGCGCACAAUAUGACAAAACAAUUAGCAAAUUUGGCACCGCUGGCAUCUACUGGUGCUCCGGUGAUUGUGGAGUUGCGUAAAAAUAUGGCAGAAUUUCGCAACGAAGCUUUGAAGAACUUUACCAAAGAAUUGAAAGAGAUCGCGCAGAAGUGUGGUCUCCGUUCGCUCUACGACUUCGAUUCUAAUAAACAUAUUUUUGCUCGGUUCUGCAAGGAUUAAGUUAUUAAAUUUUCUUAGUUGCAAGACACCGUAAUGACCGAACAUAAUAACAACUCGAAGGUCAAAAAGUUUUAAAACAAAGGAAAAUGUAAGGAUUGUACGAAUAAACGUAAACGUUUCGAUCUGACGAUUUAAUUUUAUCAGUUAAUCUAGCGCUGUACACGUACAAAUUUCUACAUUUCCAAAUCCUCGAAUAACGAAAUGUCUAAAUAGUUUCUUAGAGUUUAACAUCUUUAGAUCAUCGGAAUCCCUGGGUCUGUCGUCAUUUUGAGCGCAGAAAGUGUAACAAUACAAAUAACAGCGUGUUAGCGCGCCCGGACCUGUGAUAAUGUCGUCAGCUCGUGAAUUAUAUACCAAAGAUAAGAUACGUUAACGCUUCUAUUUUUAAAAAAUAUUUAUUUUAUGAAUAGUUCACACGUACUCGUCCAUGAUGUUCACAUUUUACUCGUGUUUCCAGAUUCGUUUUUAAGUAACUUUUGUGUCAGUAGAUCUCACACUUUUCUAUUUUAUUAAUUUGUACUGAGAAUGAUUAAUUUUCAGAUGUGUCCGUCUAAUUUAUCAUCUUAUAUGAACGAACGUAUAUGAAAUA